CUCAUGAUCCCUGCAGCUUUAAUUCCAAUGUCGGCGCCAACAAUGACUCUUAAACAGCGACGUUCUCCAUGAUAUCUUCAAUACCAUCGACAACGUGACCGUCAAAAUGACAUCGUCAACGGUCAAGACUCGCAUCCUCAUUAUUUCCGACACGCAUACUGCUUCGCUCGGCGAUGCCUCUUCCCCAUAUCCCUUCAAAUACCCGCUACCCAGAGCAGAUAUCCUGCUCCACUGCGGCGACUUAACUAUUAGAGGAGAGCUAGAAGAAUACAAGACAACAAUCGACAUGCUCAAUCAGUGCGACGCUGAGCUCAAGCUUGUGAUUGCAGGAAAUCAUGACGUCAGCCUCGACGACAAGUACCGUGGGCCGAAUGGUAUUCGAUACAAGAUGCUUUCUGACGAUAAUAUGCAAUACACCCAUCGAUGGUGGAAUCAUACUGUUGAGUCCGCGAAGGCGAUGUGGACCUGCGAUGAGACCCAAAAGAAAGGCAUACGAUACCUCGACGAAGGUCUGUACCGCUUCAACCUCAGUAACGGCGCAAAUUUCACCAUCUAUGCGUCACCGUACCAGCCUGUCUUUUGUGAUUGGGCUUUCGACUAUCAACGCGGUGAAGACAGGUGGAACCCAGCUGCACUAUCAUCGCCGGGUGCGACAUCGAUCGUGGAGCAUCCGAUUCCAUCGUGGCCAGAGGUUGAUAUCCUAAUGACGCAUGGGCCACCAAGAGGUCAUCGUGAUAUGACUUUCCAGAGGACGCAUGCUGGUUGCCCUCACUUAUUGCGUGCAGCGGCCCGUGCGCGACCAAGGCUGUUUUGUUGUGGACAUAUUCAUGAAGGGUCGGGAGCGGAGCGCAUCACAUGGGAUGUUGAGAAGGUGAAUGCAGAGUUGACGGCCGGGAGUGGACUAGAGGAAGCUACGGAAGAUGCGGAAGACUUUGUUCAGAAGAGUACGCGUGUUGGUGAACGACGUGUUGGCAGCAAGCAGGAUCUGCAGUUUGUUGAUGUUAGCGGCGAGGCCCAGAGAGACGAUCGGAAUGGAGGUCCAUUAAGUAGAGAGAGGGGAGAAGAUACAUUGCUCGUCAAUGCGUCGAUAAUGAACCUGAUGUAUCGUCCUGCUCAGGCUCCAUGGAUUGUGGACUUGGAGCUGCCGAGGAGUGCUCGAGAGGAGCAUGACAGCUGAUGACAGUGCAUGAAAACGCCGGAGAUCGAAAUGAGGCAUGAUAUUUUAACCCAUAUUGUGAUGUACGUCGAUGUUUUUUUCCACGCCAGAACUAGACGCCUGCCCACUCCAAUUCAGAUACAUGGACGCCACAACGGGAGUUUAGGCACUCAAGAGUCGAAAGAUGAAUCACGGGAUAGUAUGGAGGUAUUCCUCCUCCAGAAGGCCAGAAUCUGAAAUGACCUCUUUCCUCGUAUGGCAUAGCACCAUGGGCGCGCUUCGUGUCGAAACGGAGUCUCCGUAGGUCAACAGUUACGUAUCCAUGGUUUCAUGUGGUUCGUUCGGGUCUAUCUGCUUAGUUGCGACAUUGUUGAUUGU